AUGAGCGACUUGACAAGGCUCUACUAUUUACUGUUAGUAGCUAACGCGAGUUAUCUCGCGUUAACUAAAUCCGACAACCUAGUGGAAAAUUAUUGUCAUCUCUGCACCCGUCAUACUAUGUGCCGUUAUCCCUUCGAUGACGUCAGUCCCAAUUGUAAAAAUAUCGAGCACGGGGACCUCGACCCCGAGGAAAUAUUAUCGAUAUUAAAUCAGCAUAAUUUGCGGCGAAAUUUCAUUGCAAGUGGGAAAGAGAUUCGCGGAAAUCCCGGACCACAGCCACCAGCCAAAAAUAUGAUGGAACUAAGUUGGGACGAUGAGCUGGCGGUGCUUGCGAGAAGGUGGGCGCUCCAGUGUGUGCUGAGCAAAGAUGAGUGCAGGGAUGUAAGUGAGUACCCAUAUCAUAUCCUAUAUUCUCGUUGA